AUGUCGAAUUCAAGGUACUCUCAAGUGGAAUCCAGCAAUGACCAAAAACUAAAUACUUUAGCCAAUAAGUUGGCCACGUUUAGGAAUAUAAACCAAGACAUAAACGACCAAGCAGUUCAAGAUAACUCAUUAGUCGGUCAGAUAUCCAAUUCCUUUGAUGCCCUAGCUAAUAACAUUAAGAAUACUUCACAAAGAUUAACGAGAACAAUGAGUUCCGGGAAUAGCAUAUGGAAAAUGACCGGUUUAGCACUAGUGAUAUUUUUUAUCAUUUAUAAUUUGAUGAAAUUCUUUUAA